GGGACGCUGGCCGGAUAGAGAGGGGCCGAGCACGGCGGAGCCAUGGGCCGGGCCGGAGUCGCGGCCGGGCCGUUGGCGUGGCUGCUUUUCCUCAGCCUGACCCCCUCGGCCGCCGCCACCGCCGCGGUCCCCGCCGCGAACGCGAGUGGCAGCGGCCCCGACCUGAUAUAUUCGUAUGAGUACUUUGUCCAGAGCCCCCAGAAGCUGGCCUUCUACAGCUGGUAUGGCAACACCAAGCUCUACCACUUCCGGGUGCCUUCUGACACAAUGCUGCUCCGUUGGCUGCUACAGGCAUUCAAGGGCCCAGGCUCUGAGUGCACAGAUGUGGAGAUCACCGUCCACUUCCGUUAUGGUGCUCCUCCAGUCAUCAACCCUCUGGGCACUAAGUUCCCAGCCAACACCACAGUCCGGCCCUCAUUUUCUAUAAAGUUAAUACACAACAACACUAUCAUCAAUGUCUCCAACCCUGCGCCUGGCGACUGGUUCAUCGCAGCCCAUUUGCCCCGCUCACCCCAGAAAAUAGAAGUAAAGGGCGUGGCCUCCCCUUGUACCUACAUCUUCCAACCAGACAUGCUGGUGCUCCGACUGACUGAUGUUACCAUUCUAGAGCCCAACAUAUCCCUCUCGCAGACCCUCUCUGGCUCCCAAUUGAGACAUUUCAAGGUCUUCAUCCCAAAGUACACCUUAGACCUCCAACUGGAGCUGAGGAACUGUGUAUCUAAUGGGAGCCAGGUCUGUCCAGUACACCUCAUUGUUGGGCCCAACACCCUGCCCCAGUCCUUUCAGAAGGUCUUCAGCUGUACAGACCAGCAGGAGCCCUGCCGCCUGCUCCUACCUGCACCCCCCUGGGAUACGUGGCUACAGGUGACAGCUGAGGGCAGGGCAGAACCCAACGUCAGCGUGACCUUCGAUGCUGUUGCCUCCUUCACAGCAUGCCAGCCAGGGAGUCUGGGGCCCUUGGUCAUCUCCUAUGCCAGCCUGAACCAGAGCCUCAAUGCCUCAUCGGCCUCCCUGUCCAUGGGGCGAAGCCCUUGGCACCUUGGCAAGAGGAUGGGUGUGGGCAGCAGCCCAUUUUCCCCAGUCGGGGAUUUCCGAAAUGCCUCGGCCCUGAACGGCUUCUGCCUCCUCAGUUACCCAGUUAUUCGGGAGGAGCUGGAUGUGGUUUCCGUACGCUUCUGGCCUCUAAGCGGCUCUGGAAUCACUGUGUGGUCCAGGCUGCCCACCCUGUUCCCAAUCAAUCUCAACACAGGCAUGGACAGCGGCAGCACUUUCAUCGUCAGCCUGAAGCUCAAUACGACUCUGGGUAGUAACAUUUCAGUAGUGGGUUGCUUGAGUGCCACCUCGCCUGUCCUCAGCCUCAAUACCUCUCACAACUGCACUACAGCCUUUUUUGAAGGAUACUCUUUGUACCUGUCUGACUCGUCUCGUGAGGCCAUGCUUUCUGUCCCCUAUCCAGAGACGGGCAAUUGGUACCUCUCCUUACAGCUCAUCUGCCCCGAGAACCUGAGUGAGUGUCAGCAGGUUCGAGCCAGUGUGGAGACUUCCCUGUCUCUGUCUCCCUGCUUCAAUGACUGUGGCCCUUACGGCCAGUGUAGACUACUCCGAAGACACGGAUACCUUUAUGCCAGCUGUACCUGCAAAGCCGGCUGGCAGGGCUGGAGCUGUACUGAUGACUCCAAGGCCCAAACAGUGGCACAGCAGAACCUGGCCACCCUGCUGCUCACCCUCAGCAACCUCAUGUUCCUGCUCCCUGUCACUGUCGCUGUCUGCCGCCACUACCUGGUUGAAGCUUCUGUCUACAGCUACACCAUGUUUUUCUCGACGUUCUAUCAUGCCUGUGACCAGCCUGGGGUGGCAGUGCUGUGCAUCAUGGACUAUGACACGCUCCAGUACUGUGACUUCCUGGGCUCUGUGGUGUCCAUCUGGGUUACAAUCCUCUGCAUGUCUCGAGUAAAGACUUUUGUGAAAUAUGUGCUCUUUGUCCUGGGGACCCUGAUCAUUGCAAUGUCCCUGCAGCUGGACCGGAGGGGCAUCUGGAACAUGAUGGGCCCUUGCCUCUUCGCCCUCAUUAUCAUGAUCAGCAUGUGGGUAUACAGAUGUAUUCAUCGACAUCACUGUUAUCCCACAUCAUGGAAGCGAUGGGCCUUCUACCUCCUCCCUGGAAUCUCUCUGGCAUUUGUGGCCAUUGCUAUCUACACCUUCAUGGGGACCAAUGACAACUACUUUUACACACACAGCAUCUGGCAUAUGUUGAUGGCCAGCAGUGUGGCUUUCCUUCUACCCCCUCGUGAAAAGAACACAAAACCCUGGGCCUGGUCACAGAAGCUCACCUGCCGCUACCAGCUCUGUAAGAACACCCAGGAGGAACUCUAUGCAGUGACAUGAAGUUACUAGGCCAGUGGCCCAACUAUCCUUCUGCAGCUUGGACUGCCACUGACAGGCUGAUUCUGCCUGCCUUCCAACUCACCUCGCAGCUCCCAUUUUUCCUCUCCCUCUUAAGAAAAAAGGGGAUAUGCUUCCUAUUUGAUUUCUGUCUAAAUAAAAUUGUCCUGAGCAUA